AUGUACACACUGACCGAUACCGGUGCAUUCUUGAAAAACAUCGACGUCUUCGACCCUACCGAGUUCGGUAUCACGAGCAAGGAUGGCCGACUUAUGAAUGUCGGCACUCGAAAGCUCCUGGAGAGUACCUUCUUAGCAUUGCUCGAAUCGGGCAUCAACUAUAGAGGACGCAACGUGGGUUGCUAUAUGUCGGCUGUUGCCCAUGACAUGUUCUCGGUGUCUGGCCAUGAUGACACGGAAGCCCGCGGGGCAUUCUCCGGCGGUCCUUCUAUGGUAGCGAACCGUGUUUCUUAUCACCUCGACCUCCGAGGCCCGACGGUUCCGCUCGACACGGCGUGCAGCUCGACGCUCUAUGCGACUCAUCUGGCCGUACAAGCAUCGCGGCAUGGCGAAUGUGAAGCGGCUGUUGUUGGAGGCUGCCAGGUCGAUCACAGGUUCACGGAAUGGCUGAUGUACUCACAGGGAGGCAUUCUGUCUCCCGAUGGAAAGUGCAAGCCGUUCGAUGCCUCCGCUGACGGUUUUGGGCGCGGCGAAGCGGUCGUCUCGAUCGUGCUGAAGCCUCUGGAUGCGGCGCUACGCGAUCACGACAAGAUAUAUGCUACAAUCCUCGGAACCGGCGUCAACUCUUCUGGUUCGUUGGCACCGGUCAAUGCGCCCGUGGCCUCUGCGCAGCAGGACGCUAUGUUGCGUGCCUUCGCGCAAGCGCGGCGAUCGCCGCAGGACGUGGAUUUCAUCGAGCUGCAUGCGACCGGCACGGCUUCGGGGGAUCCGACAGAAGCAAACUGGGUAGGGGCGCGGUUCGGAAGAGACACAGAGCUCCUGGUUGGGAGCGUCAAAGGAAACAUCGGCCACACCGAGAUUACCGCAUUCCUGGCGUCGCUCUGCAAGGUGUGCCAUAUCAUUGAGCGGGGCGUCAUCCUGCCUACGGUGAACCUCUCCGUUCCGAAUCCGGCCAUCCGAUGGGAGGAAUACAAGAUGCGCGUCCCUGUCGCCCCGGAGAAGCUGAUCGUGCGCUCUCCCUCUGGUCGUGCCCUCAUCGCAAUGUCAAGCUCGGGAAUUGGUGGUCAGACAAGAAUAUCCGGAGCCUGCGGAGGUUGAAUGAAUUGGAUACUCUGCCCACGGGAGACUACU